GUGCGCAUGCGCAACAGGGGCCGGAUUCUGCUAGAAGGAUCAAAUGUUUUUGUUGUCGUGUGGGAUGGAAGGUAGUUGACAGGUCGACAUCGAUAUCUACGACGGUAAACGUUUCUCAGCUGAAUCAACUCUACUUGCAGUGACCUUGUAACAGCCUGCCAGAAGACAAAGCCAUGGGGAAUACAAGCAGUGAGAGGGCUGCAAUGGGCCACGGAGAGAAGGCGCAGCGGAGGGACAGCCGAGGUAUCAAAGAGGGCGAGAGGCCAAAAAUCCUCAUGGAUAGCCCAGAGGAUGCUGAUAUUUUUCACGGAGAGGACAUAAAGGCACCCUUAGAGAAAGAGGAGUUCCUUGCUUGGCAGCAAGACUUAGAAUCAGAUGACAAAGCACCAACUCUGGAACGACCGACAGUCUUUCGCUGGAAAGGAGAUGGAAAGGAGGUCUACCUCUCUGGAUCCUUCAACAACUGGGCCAACAAAAUUCCCCUUAUUAGAAGUCAGAACACCUUUGUGGCAAUUGUCGAUCUACCUGAGGGGGAGCAUCAGUACAAAUUUUAUGUGGAUGGUCAGUGGACCCACGACCCAGCUGAGCCUGUUGUAACCAGUCAGCUAGGCACAGUCAACAAUAUCAUUCAGGUAAAGAAGACUGACUUUGAGGUUUUUGAUGCGCUAAUGGUGGAUUCGCAGAAAUGCUCUGACAUGUCAGACCUUUCUAGCUCUCCUCCUGGGCCAUAUCAUCAGGAUUCUUAUGUCCCUAAACAAGAAGAGAAGUUAAAAUCUCCACCCAUUCUUCCACCUCACCUUCUACAGGUCAUCCUUAACAAAGACACUGGGAUUUCUUGUGACCCUGCACUGCUCCCAGAACCCAACCAUGUCAUGCUCAACCACCUCUAUGCACUUUCCAUUAAGGAUGGAGUGAUGGUACUCAGUGCAACACAUCGCUAUAAGAAGAAAUAUGUCACCACUUUGCUUUAUAAGCCCAUCUGAUGAAGCAUUCUUUUCUAUAUUUGGAGCUGUUGUUAACUAUACACCGAGUGUACAAAAUGCCAGCCACACAUUUUUUUUUUUCCAAAAAAAAUCUAGUGUAUAUUCCUUCCAGGUUUCACCAGUUAGAUCCAUUCUGACCAAAAGAAGCAGCCCUGAAUAAGCACGAGGGAACAAAUUAAGUUUGUAAAAUGUUGACUUGAUUUCCAGAAGAAAAAUUUGGACUGAGGGUUAUAGUAAUUGCUUUACAGUAAUACACUAAAAGCAAUACAUACAAAUAACAAAUGAUUCAGUUGGACAGCCACUUACUGAAAAACAGACAGAAAAGAGUUAUUUUAAAGGAAGCCUGCUGUAAAAGCCAGUUUAAGUGAUGAUGCUGCUUUUCCCAUGCAGUACAUCACAUCUGAUUUUUGUGUCAUAUAUCAGCGCAACUAACUAAUAGCUGGAUUGGAUUGGUGGGUAAAUGGGGUCACUGUGUUCACUUCAGUUCUGUGUUACUCUGUUUACUAUAGGAAUAUUUAAUACGUAACAUAGACUAUAGUAAUUAUAUAGAACAUCGUGGUUUUUGGGCACCUGUUUUGAAGUAUUAUUUCUUUCUUUUCUUUUCUUUUAAACUGGCAAACGAGUGGUGGUUGUGACACUUAGUCAUUACAUACACAACAGUGCUCUUACAGUAACCUGCUUUUUCCCUAGUUUUACCCUGAAUGCGACUGCAGUUUCCAAAGUGAACAUAAUUUAGUAUUACAUAAGAUGACUGAAAGCAUAAACUCAUUAGUAAAGUGUUUACGGUGGUCAUAAGUCAAUAGAAAAGUAGGGUUAUUUUACUUCCAUAAAAUCUGAUUUCUUUUUUGUAAUGAGUGGGCUUUUCCUCUGCUGGAAAGAUUACAGAUUUAAAGCACUACUGCUUUUAAUAUACAAUCUUUGGCCACCAACACCCACUAGCUUCAUUUUAAUAGCAAGAACUAACAAAGCAUGCAGGGAGCCAGCAGUAAAGGGUAAAUGGAGGCAUUUCAUGAUUCCUACACCAGUAAGUUUGCUCGGUUGGUUUGUUUGCAGUGGUCUGUGUAUUAGUUUUGAUUUGGCAAAGUCAGCUGAUGACAGAAAAGUGCAGUUGACGGUGCUGUCUGUGCCAGCUUGUCUUUUGGCAUUUUGUUUGUUAACGUCACAUGCUGCAAAGCUUUUAGUGCAUUUUAAUAAAAUGAAAAGUUGUGCUCUAAUUAAUUAAAAACAACUUUACAGUAAAGCAGCAAAGAGAAAAGCACAGCUUCUCUCACACUUUGCUAAAAUGAAGGAAAUGUGGUAAGUUAUUUUUUAUUCAUUUCUUAAUGUUAUAUUUAUUAGUUUAUUAAAUAUUGUUAAGUACCAAAAUGACUACUAAUUUAUAUAUACUAUAUAGUGCUAAGACAAUUAAGGGGACACUUGAAUGAUUGUAACUAUGAUCUUUGCUGUGAUUUUUGAAUCCAGCCCCCGGAGGGUUAAUGAGUUUGAUUUUUACUGACUGUUGUUAGGUUGUUUUGUUCUUAACAAACUACACAAUGUAUGUCAGUAAAUAUUGUUUUACUUGAAUACUUCAUUUGUCAAGAUCUAAUGUGUAAUGUAAUUUCCCCCUUUUUAUUUGGUACAUUUUGGUUUUUCAAAGGUUGGAAGGGAAUGAUUAAGGCAAGUGCAUAUACAGUGGCAUUGAGUGAUGCCCAAAGUGAUGGUACCCAUGUCUAUUUUGUGACUGAAAAUACUGGCUCAGUAAAUUCUUGUAACCUGCAUGACAGUUAUAGAUUAACCUAAACAUUAUAAGAGGUUAGCAACUCUGAGAUUAUGCACACAAUUUGUAUUACCAGUUACUGUGCACAUCUCUUUAGUAUGGUAAUGUCACUCCAUUCCCACUUAAUCUGCCUCUAUUUGUUCCAGUGACUGCCCUUUGCAGUGCUCAACUUUAUCUUUUCUUAGCAGAAUGUGGUAGAACAUGAACACGUUUGUAAUUAAAACAGUCAAAAAUGUAAGGACACAAAAUGAUUACUAAUGCUGAGAAAACCUCAUUGAAAGACCUCAGAUAAGUACGCGCUGCUUUUGUCUUUCUCGUGGCUGAGAAGACCACAGCGGCACAAUCAAGAAUGUAAAUGUUGAGGUCAAAGAAAGACAAAAUGCACUGUGGUAGCUUAACUUUUUUUGUGUUAUGUUGUUGUUUAUUUAUUUAGCGAUGAUCAUACUGAGCACAUUAAAUUCUAAGUUCUGUUAACUAUUCACCAAUAUAUCUUUUUUUCCUACAUGGUUUUGUUUGUUUUGUUGUGAAAACUAGUCUUAGCUGUGGUUAUGACCAUUCCAGUCAAACGUUAGACAAGAGUUUAAAAAAAAAAAAAAAAAGGAAAAAAAGAGAGAGAGAAUAAGCCUUUAAUUUAGGGCAUGUACUCCAAAUAAACUAAUGUACGCAUCUGUGUAGAUUUAUAUAGGUGCCAUCGCACACAUCUUCCUUCUUUUACUGAUGUAUUUUAUCAAGAGUGACACCAGGUAGUUGCUCCCUACUGGUUUAGCUGAUGUGGCAUAGAUCAUUGUGAGCACCAGUUUCCUUCAAAUAAUGUUUCAGAUCCAUUAUUUUGUUGAUUUUAAACAACUGCUCAUGAAAUUUGUGGUUCUAAUGUGUAAGCUUUUCUGCUCUGUGUAUAAUCUGUUGUGUUGAUUUGAUAGGGCGUCAAGGACUGAAAUAUUUUUAAAGCUGUGUGAAUUGAACCAACAUAAUUUAAUUUAGAAUUUUUGUGUCUGUGCAUGAUCACCAUAAAAAUAUGACGCUAAUUAUUUUGAUUUUGACAAAGUCACAUUUUUUCAUGUUAAUUUUGCUGUUAGGACUGACAUAAAGGUGAUUGUGGGAUGUUACCAUGCUAGACAUAUAAAUCCAUUUCAGGUAGUCAUUUUAAUCAUUGCAAUUUGCAAACCUUUCAAGCACAUUUUUUUUUUCAUUCUAAGAAAGGUAUUUAUUAAAGAACAUGUUUUUAAAAUUUAUAUAUUGUGUCAUGUUUAAUUUAUAACAUGACUGCAGCCAUUUUGAUCAUUAGAGCUGAACCUUCAGUAACUGACUGACCUUUGUGCAGUCAUUACACAGUCAUUAUUUAUAAAGUGCAUAUUGCAUUCCAGUCAUAUUAGGGCCCCUGCAGAAUUGGGAAAGUAUUUCAUUUGUCAUUUUCAGAGGACACCUUAAAGUCAUACACCUGCAUGGGGAAUGAUACUGAAAGCUGGUUUAUACCUGUGUAAAAUAUCUGCAAAAACCUGUGUUCCAACCAUAUGGUACAUUUUUAAAGUUUUAACAUGAAAUAUUAUAUUAAUCAACAUCUACCCUUUAAAUAUAUCCUAAAUAUCCUAUAUGGCCCCUCUUCAAAAAAUAAAUACUGCUGUUAUGAAUUCUGAAACAUGCUGUUUCCUGCUUUCUCCUCUACAGAUUGUUUUGUUAAUGCACUUUGCAUUGAAACUCAGUGGUCUGUACAUCACUUGUUAUCUACUGUAUGUCAUGUUUUAUUUUUUUAUUUUUAUUUUUUUUUACUUUAUAAUUGUUAUGUAAUUAUUUUUAAAAAGUGUCUAAUAAAUAAGCAUUUUACAUUG